AUGCAGAAUUAUGUUUAUGACAUAGAUUCGAUAAGAGGACUCAAUCUUUCUUUAAAAGUACCAUUGAGUCUUUUUGCAUAUAUGGUGGAUGAAAUUUAUAAAUUCACACUUUCUUAUUAAAGUGCCUUUUCACUCUAAUCUAUGCUUUAGAUAUUUUAGCGUGAAUCUGUUGCAUUAGAGAUAUAAGAAGCUGAAUUUUGUAUAAAUAGUUAUGUUUACUUAAUUCGAUUUGUGUAAAAGAAUAAUAUCACAGCAGAACAUUUAAGUAAAUGGUUAAAAGAGAAUACACUUGUUUAAGAUGAUCAUAGAGAAUACCUUAUGAAAGUAUUAUAAGGUUUUGAUCCAGAGACAGUAAAGAAAGUAUUGAGUUUAGGAAAGUUAAAAGAAUUGAAAUGGACAGUCAAUUAAUACAAUGGAGAUGUCAAAUAUCCUAAUUUAAAGAAAUUGUAUAUUUUAUUAGAAUUCCAUAUACAAGAUGAGAAAGGAAAUCUAUAGAAAUAAAUUAUUAAUCUAACCAUCUAAGAAUUUAAAAUGCUUUAAAUGGAAUUUAAGGAAAUUGGUGAUAUUUUGAGAAGUUUUAUGUGA